AUGCAAGCUUGCCAUCUAUUGCUUAGAAGACCUUGGCAAUUUGAUGUUGAUGCCCAACAUAGUGGAAGAACUAACAAGUACUCAUUUAUGGUCAAGGGGAAGAAGUACAUUCUUAACCCACUAACCCCUUACCAAGUGAGUGAGGAUUAUAGAGUGAUGAGGGAGCUUCGGGAGAAAUAUCAAAGGGAAGAAAAGAAGAAGAGUAAGAGGGAGACUUUGUUGGUCAUAAGUGGAGAGAAAACAUCUCAAGAUGGUACCAAGAAAUGUUUGUUGGCCAAACCAAGUAAUUUCUUAAAAGGGGUUGAUGAGAAACACUUCAUGGUGUGUCUUGUCAACAAGGACCUUCUCUUAAAUGCUAACCAAGCUACUAGCACUUUUCCUAGUAUUAUAUCUUCUCUUUUGCAGGAAUAUGAAGCAUUGUUCCCGGAAGAAAUGCCUGAUGGCUUACCUCCUUUGAGAGGUAUUGAGCACUAA